UUAUCCUCUUUUUCAUGAAUUCAAGAACUUCCACGAUCUCUCAACUUUACAUCUUUUCUUGAGAAAUCCCACGUACAAGUGUAAUCACACGGUAUGAAUCCAAGAAAGCUUCUUGUUUUCUUGAUCAUCUGCAGCCUUUCUUGCGGCCCGUCACUGGUAUCUUCAAAUAAUGUGAAUCUUGAGUUUCAGUUCUUUAAUCUACGCAAUCUGACUCUUCUUGGCGACUCGUAUCUCCGGAAUGGCGUCGUGGGGCUCACCAGGGACCUGGAAGUCCCGUCCUCGAGCUCUGGUUCGAUUAUCUACAACUACCCUAUUGCUUUCUUUGAUCCUGAAACCAAUGUCACGGCUUCUUUCUCUACAAGAUUUGCUUUUUCCAUUGACAACAUCAAUCCCACGUCGUUUGGUGAUGGGCUGACGUUUUUCCUGUCCCCCAAUAACCAGACGUUGGGAAGUCCAGGUGGAUUCUUGGGCCUUGUGAACUCCUCGCAGUUGACCAAGAACAGGUUCAUUGCGGUUGAGUUUGAUACGAAGUUGGAUUUGGACUUCAAUGAUCCUGAUGGGAACCACGUGGGGUUGGAUAUUGACAGCCUUAUCUCGGUCAAGACUGCCAAUCCAAUGCUGCGGGCCAUCAAUUUGAAGAGUGGGAAUCUGAUUACUGCCUGGAUUGAUUACUCGAAUGAGAGGAAGAAGGUGGAAGUGUUCUUGAGCUACUCAAGUUUCAAGCCGGAUGAGCCACUCUUGACUGUGGAUAUUGACCUCUCUGAUUACUUGAAGGAGUUCAUGUUUGCAGGAUUCUCAGCUUCUACUGAGGGUAGCACGGAGCUGCAUCAUAUUCAGAAUUGGAGCUUUCAGACUACGGGGUUUCGGCCCGUGAGGCCAAGAAUUCAUUCUCACAAUGUCUCUGAUAGCUCUGUGCCUCUACGGCCACCACCGAUCCCCGUUUCUGAUUCAGGGAAUAGGCAUCACAAGAGGAUCGGGUUGGCACUUGGGAUUGGCUGUCCUGCUUUCUUUUGUGCAGUUCUUGUGGUGUUUGGUUGGGUUUCUGUCAAGAAAUGGAGGGGUAUCAGAACAGAUAAAAGCUUGAAAGCAGAGCUUGUGACAGGGCCAAGGGAGUUUAAUUACAAAGAACUUAAGUCAGCCACAAAAGGGUUUCACCAAAGCAGGAUUCUUGGGCAUGGAGCCUUUGGCACCGUGUACAAGGCCUUUUUCGUUGAUUUGGGUACAAUUUCUGCUGUCAAAAGAUCAAAGCAUAGUCAUGAAGGUAAAAGUGAGUUCCUUUCUGAAUUGUCGAUUAUAGCUUGUUUGAGGCACAAAAAUUUAGUUCAGCUCCAAGGUUGGUGUGUUGAAAAAGGUGAAUUGUUGCUUGUCUAUGAGUUUAUGCCUAACGGGAGCCUUGAUAAGGUGCUAUACCAAGAUUCCGAAAGUGGUAAGACUCUGAAAUGGUCGUAUAGAUAUAAUAUUGCUGUUGGGCUGGCCUCUGCUUUGACCUAUUUACAUCAAGAAUGUGAGCAGCAAGUGAUCCACAGAGACAUAAAAACUAGUAACAUAAUGCUGGAUGGGAGCUACAACGCAAGAUUAGGCGAUUUUGGAUUAGCGAGGCUUAUGGAUCACGACAAGAGCCCUGUUUCGACUCUCACUGCUGGAACUAUGGGAUAUCUUGCUCCUGAAUACCUUCAAUAUGGUAAAGCAACUGAGAAAACAGACGUUUUCAGUUACGGUGUCGUUAUACUCGAACUGGCCUGUGGGAGAAGGCCGAUUGAGAGAGAAGAAGAAAGCCAGAAAACAGUGAACCUUGUCGAUUGGGUGUGGAAGUUGUAUUCUGAGGGAAAGAUAGUAGCAGCAGCAGAUGAACGAAUGACCGGUGAGUUUGACGAGGCCGGGAUGAAGAAACUGCUGCUUGUAGGCCUUAGCUGUGCCAAUCCAGACAGUUCAGAAAGGCCCUCCAUGAGGAGAGUUCUCCAAAUCCUCAACAAUGAGGCGGAGCCUGUGGUCGUCCCAAAGGUGAAACCCAGUCUUACUUUCUCCAACAGUCUCCCUCUAAGUAUAAACGAAAUCUUUUCAGAUGGUGAAGAUUGUGGAUCACCUAAGUCUCAGCUGGACAUCAGAGUUGAUUGAAGGAAUUUACUAUUAUGACAUUCUUUUAUUUGUUCAAUAAGUAGAGAUUCUAGUAGGCGUUUGAGUAUUUUCGAUUGUUGUUACAUGGCUGUCGAACAGCUAGAGCUUUUGAUGCCACUCAGUUUAGGCCUUGUUGUGUUUUAUGAUUGUUGUAUACAAUGACUGUUGAAUAGCUAGAGUUCAA